AUGGUUAAAUUGAGAGAAUUGGUUGAUACUGAGGAGGCGAUGGAAAAGUUCAUCGCCGAUUAUAGGAUUUCCCCCAACGUAAGUUUGAGGCACUGUAAGAUGGGGGAGUGGCAUCUUCUGAAAAGGACGGGCAAGGUGGUAAUUCCCAUUCUCGCCUUCAUAAAGGGAGGGUAUGAGAAUCCCCAUGAGGCUGAUCCAAACACCUUUCACCGACACUUUCAUCUGGUUAAUCGGGUUGAUUUGGAAACUGUUCUUCAAGCGGCAGUUUUUGCAGCGGAGGACGAAGUGAAUUUGGGUCUGUCCGAUGAGGGUUUUGGGGCAUUUGACCAAACCGACCCAUCCGAGGAUCCUUCUGGUGAUCUAGGUGACCCAGACUUGUCCGAAACGGAACUGUUGUCAGUGGAAAUAUCCUCCCGAGCCGAGAUGGGUCUUAAGAGAAAGCCCCCAACCAGCUUGUUCGACCUCAUCGAGGGUCAGUCGGGGAAGGGUGCACAGGGAAAACCGCAAUCCAAUGCUCCAUUUCCACCACCUCAGCCCCAGCCUGUCCAGACUAGGUCCUCCUCUACUAAGUCGCAGCCACAAUCUCCCCGCCCCAAACUUCUUACUCCUCAAUCAGCUCUGCCUCCUCGGCCGGAGCCCGCUGACUCAAAGAGAAAGAGGAGUCCCAAGGGGAAGGAACCCAUGGUUGGGGGAAAAUCCCAAUCCUCUCAGGAGAGGGAUGAAGCCCAGCGAGCUCAAAAACAGUUAAAAAUUGGGCACCAAAGUAAGGGGAAAGGGAUCGAAACCCAAUCCGCCCAAAGAAAAGGGAAAGGGAUCGAAGCCCAAUCCGCGUCGAGUGCUUGGCUUCCCGCCCCAAUGCUCCACGAGGAGUCAUUGUUGGAGAACGCGUCCAUGAGGGACCUUGGAGACGGCGAUGGCGGUUAUGUAGCCGACGCGUUAGGGAGGACCAUGCCGCUUCCUACUGAUAUGGAGGAGUUGAAGAAUAUGAGGAUGCAGGGGUUUUCCUUAGCGCGAAGAGGUACCUGGGCUAUCCAGGCCACCUACAGGAUGGAGGAAGAAGUUAAGGGGCAGAGUAAGGCUGCCGAGGUUGAACGCACCAAACGCAUAGAUGCUGCGCGAACCCUCAAAGCUUCCGAGACUGACCUCACGAAGCAAGUCGAGGAACAGACAAAGCGCCUACUCGCCGCCGAUGAUCAAUUGCAGAUUGCUAAGGAGCAGAUCAGCGAUUUGAAAAAGCAACUGAUCGAGGAAAAUAAUGCUAAGGGCUUGGCAGAAUUUGCCAAGGACGAAGCCGUGAGGGCCAAGCAGCAGGCUGAGUUUGCCAGAACUGAGGCCGAAGUGGCCAGGGACAAGGCCGAGGAGGAGGGUUACGAGGUGGGGGUGACUGAAACCCAGGCCUCCCUUAAAGCUCAAAUUCUCAGCGUAUGCAGGCUAUACUGCUCCCAGGUUUGGGAAGAGGCCCUCAAAUGA